ACCGAGUACACCCGGGAUAAGGUGCCCUUUUCACGGUUCGGAGAAGGAAAUGUCUCCCGAUGCCAAUGUGAACUGUGCAAUUCGUGGUUAUCGUGGUUAAAAAGUGUGUGAAACUGUGUGGAAGGAAUCUGCAAAACAUUCAGUUAUAGUGGUGAACCAUCCGUCGACGGCUAAUGUCUCGCUGACGAGGACGAAAACGGCACGAAAAGGCGCAAGGAUAAAGUCUGCGCAGCAAGACUUGACGUUUCCAUCUCUACUGUAUCUCACGCACAGCUCAUUUCCCUCCAGAUGCUCAGCUUUGCUCAUCAACUUUCGGCCAUCGAGAGGGGAACGGCAGCGAAACGACACGAGACAAACGACGAGCACACCUGUGCUACCGACAAAGGCUGUCCAGGGAGGCAUUUCCAGCGGAUCGACACACAUGUCUUAUGAUCUUUUCCCUAUUGUCCCGAUCCUUUUUUUUGCAUCCGAGUUUUCUGUCUCGUCCCGAUUGCAAGGAGCAAGCAAAGGAGCAUCCAAAAGCACCCGCAUUUGUGUGUGUGUGUGUGUGCUGCCAACUAAGAAAAUCAUAAGCUCGCAACGAGAAUUCUCUUAGCUGUGGCAACACGGGCUCCCUCCGGGUCGCAAGUGCGAUGUGUUCGUGAAUGUACUUACAGCAAAUGUUCGUGUGUCGAAAAUACGGUAAACAAAUAAGUCAAGGCUUUUUUGGUUCCUCCCGACCCCGGCUUCGUCUGCCCGCACCGUGUGAUUCACCCGGCCUCCUUAAGACGUUUCGUUUCUCUUUCUAGCCCAGCGACGGCCGGGACUGUGCUGAGCGUUGCUGUGGGUCAAUAGAGUGUAAUUGUGCUGCCUCUAUUGGUGCCUGCUCGUCUCGCUCCUGCGCGCUGUUGUGCGGAGUGGCCCGUUCUCUUUCUCGUGUACGGAUCUUGCUCUUGCCUCGGUUACGGAUGCUGUAUUGGCAUUGUUAUUUUCGUUGCCCUGCCUCCGGGCCGCUUCCCGUACCUUUCUGGUGCUCCUUUUGUGUACCAAUAUCCUACCACCCCGGACCCAGACCCGGGACUGAUCUUCUGCUGUCCAUCAUCUGUUUGGGGGUUUUUGUUCCCUUUUUCUACUGCUGCUGUUGCUGCUGCUGCUGCUGCUGUGGCUGUGUUUGCGUGUGCGGUCACGAUGCCAAUGCGUGUGUGCGCAUGCGCACCCAUAUGUGUGUUUGUACGGCAGCGAAAUCCCAAAUUCCGGUGCUCGUUUCGGGGGAAAAUCAAUUUUAGUCAUUAGUAAUAUUUUAUUACCAGCGCACCACCGAUCUGGGAAAGAAGUGCACCACCGGGCAGCUCCGUUGUGGCAAUUUGCGCGAGCGAGAUCGGACGUACGGACGUUAGAUACGAUUGCGUCGGCGGUUUUAUCGCGCGUGCCGUUCGCACACUUGCAGGGGGCAGAAAAUCACAGUUUUCGCAGACUCGGUGGGCUGCGUGCGGAUUUGUUUGUUUUCAUUUGCCCCACCCCCAGUGCGGUGGCUGCGGCUGACGAUCGGACGAUCGGAUUCGGUACGGUGUGCAAGAUCACGCUGCAGCAUCCGUCGGUCGGGCAGGUGCGUACCAGUCGUCUGCGGGACGUCUCAUUUGGUGCGUGGCUCUGAUCGGGCUUUGAUAUCGGCGGCAGCGGACCAUGCGGCCAGUUCUGAGCAGCAAUCGCAAACGGGGCUUCCGUGCGGAUGACUAAUUUUUCGCUGUUGUUCUUUCGGUACACGAUCGCCGGGAAAAGAGAGUGAAUCAACCAGAAGUUGUUCCGAGCGUGUGUGUGUGUGUGUUUGUAUGGCGUAAGUUGUAGUCCUGUUUUAAGUACAAGAUACUAAGUUCGAUGUUACGACCCGGUACGACCGUGUCCUCAGCAGUGCUCGCAGUGCUAAUCAGUGUGUGAAAUCGUGCAGAAGAUUGCUAAAUCAUCACCCUGCGGGCCUUUGCCGCGCCAUGCCGGAAUGACGAUAACGAGACAAAUAGCAAAUACUGACAGUCAAAAAUUGCUUCCCCCGUCGCUCGUUCGAGUGUCUCCUCCGAGGAACAUGUUUGGUUAAACCAAAAAAAAACGAUAUUCCUCCAUCAUCCUCAUUGUCCGUGCGUGUGUGUGAGUGUAAGUGCUAUAGUGUGUGAUCGACUGUAUGAUCUGCUGAAAAGGUGCUAACGGACAUCGCAACGCGUCACCGACUGUAACUAGGGAGCAAUAGAGCCAGUCAAUCCCGUCCAUGAGCCGAUUGGAAGACGAUUUAGCAGUCACCCAAGUGCGUUUGUGUCUAUCGGAAUUAAGAAUCAUCCGUACGGUGAAGCUGAAGCAGAAAAUUUAAAGGCGCUCGGAUCGGAUCCACUUGUCAACAUGCUUCAAAGUAGCCUGGGACAGGCGCAGCGCUUUAAGAAGCGCGAACGCACACAGAACUGGGCGUACGAGGAGAAACACUUUCUGCUCGAGCUUUGCCGCAAGGAUAUGCACAUCAUCGAGAACAAGCGGCUGGACAGUGCGCUGACGACGCUGAAGAACCGUGCCUGGAAGAUCAUCCACCAGCAGUUUGCAAUCGCGUUCGGUACCGACCGGAACUGCAACCGGCUGAAGGAGCAAUGGCGCCGCAUGAAGGCGUGCACGCGGGCCGAAAUGCUCGACUACCAGCAGCGGAUACAGCGUUUCGGGCAGGAGGUGGCCGACCGCAAAAAGCCGAGCCAGUUCACGUUCGAGAUCUGGGAGUUUAUGCAGGAGGCGAAGAAGGUUUGCAAGAACGAGCUGAUGGACGAUGUUGACUACUCCAAGAUGAAGCUGUCACUCGAGGAAAAUCUUCCACAGGGCGUCUCGAUAAAGGAUUGCAGCGAUGAAAAUGACGACGAGAGUUCCUCCAUGUGGGAUAAAAACUCACAAAACAUUUGCGAGGUUCAGAUCAAGGAAGAUUCGCACGACGAGCUGGAUGAGUACGAUAAAGGACCGGCGGCCAAGUACCCCCGGUUGCGGGGACUCUCAAGCACCUCAUCCCCGUUCGGCACGGGUUCGUCCGCGGCGGAUGCAGCGCACAGCCGAUUUAGCGAGCUGCUAGCGUCCAGCUUCGCGAACCGUCUAGCCAACAGCGACCAUCAUCAUCUCAGCAGUACCGGUGGAUCCGGAAGCAACCACAACAACAAUAAUAACAACAACACCGCCAGUGGGAACAAGCUGCUCGAAAGUCUAGACGCUUUCAACCGGACAGCCUUCGGCAGUGAAUCGAGUCUGGCCGAUCUGACUGCUCACGGAGGCGCAGCCAGUGCAAAUCUGUCCCAGACGGACCUGAGCAAUACUCUCGAGGCGCUGAACCUGCUCAAGAAUCGCUUCAACCGGAUGAGCGAGCUAGGCCACUGGAAGAAUGCUUUUCAAGAGGCACACAACCUCAGCACGGUAAACCACCAUCAGCCACCGGAAUCACCGACCGCAGCAGCGCACAGUGCGGCAUCCAACCACAUGCUACAGAGUCUCGCAAACGGAGCCAACGGAGCCCUCCUGCACGAGGACGAUCACGACGGUGGAGCACAUCUCAGGACCGACUCGCCACUACUGACCGGGAGAAUUGCAAAUUCCGGCCUAAAGAAAUUGCUCGAAUCGCAGCACCAGAGCGAGCACGAGCUGCGCAUGCAGAUCCUGAAAACCGAACUCGAAACAGCUAAACUGAACAAAGAAACGGCCGAACUGAACCGACAACUGGCGCUACAGAAGCUCCGAAGGGGCGACAGCGCCAGUAACAGCACUGGCGACGUUGUCAAUCACUCUGAUCGAAGAGAUGAAGACGAUCCGGAUGCGAUGGACGAUAACACCUCGAACUCGACCGUACCCGAAGGCAGGCUGGUUGUCCGAUCGCUAUCGUCGUUGGAAGCACCGGUCGCCCCACUACCAUCUUCCGUUCCGUCCUCUCCGUCGAUGUCGUUAAAAGUGGCCAAGAACGACUAGUGGACUAAGGGCGCGAAGGAUGACACCAAUCAGAGCCACCAAAGGCUAAGCUCAUAGCUCCUUCUGUUAGCAUUUUAGGACACCCGAUGCCCGGCAUCCGACGCUUCGAAGCUGUGUUGUACAAUAAAAGAAGCUCGUAACGGCGGCCUGACAGUAAUCGGCCAAGACGAUGACCUACCACAGACUUUCUGGGACUUUUCAAUUUCCUACUUCAAUGCAUACAGUCUUGCUUGUAGGCAACGAUGUAGGGUUUAGUUCAUUAAACAGUGGUGCGUCAUACCAACACGAUCAAGUGAAAUAAGAAGUUUAAACAAAAACGAAGCCGUUGAUUGGGAAGUAGACAAAAGAAAGGAAGUAGAUUGAAAAUAACAAAUCUUAAAGCACUUUAACGAGGGGAUAUUUUAAAGACUGCCGGGGCCUUAUCGACAGCUCGGAAGGUGAGGGAAAGUGAGCAUUAAAUUUAUUAUUAGUAGUCAGUUUUAUACAAAUAAAAUAAUAGUGAAAUCAA